UGUGUAACGAAAUGUUCUUGCGCCGCCAACUGUUAUGUAAUAUGAAGGAAGUACUGGAUGAAAUAACUGCAGACAAAACUAUCAGCCCGAAUGCAUAUUUUCUCAAAUGUUUGCGAAUAAAACUCCAGAGCUGAUGAUGGCGCAAUGCCGAAAGCUUCUCAAAAAGUUUGUUUUAUUUCGAAUCCGGAAUUUACGUUUAGAUAGAAUGAGAGUGAGGUUAAUUUUCUUACUAUUUGUUACAAUGUCUCUCAAGUUAGCGUUGAAACAUAUUCAAGACUGCGAAACCAUUGUUAACCGUAGAGAAACGCUUGUCAAAACUUUACUUUUGGUACCAAAACUAGCAAACAAUAUUGAAAGAAUAUGGUUUUUGAUAGAAUGUAGACGAGCAGACGUUCUGCCGCAGUUCAUCCAGAAUGUAAUGGCAAAGACACGCACUAUCGUCUCCGGCGGACAAGGCUUCGAAGAUAAGAAGAACCGCUUCUCACGUGAGCUUCUCAAUGAGGCAAUCAAGGAAGCAUUCCGCAAGCAAGCCUACCUCGAGCGGGAAAGGGAGCGGCUGGAGGUGAACAACUUCAACACAGGAUCUGAUCUGCUACCGUGGCUUCAGCGCCAGUGCGUAUUGCUGUACGCAAAAUGUCGCCAAGACAACAGACAGAGGCUACAGAACAAGUUCAGGAGACUCAUUGACGACAACUCAACCCACAACCGGAUCAACUUCUCCAAUGAGAACGAGAACAUCCGCAGCCAAGCGACUGAAACUGACGCAGCUGAUGGUGGGAUUGCUGAGCGUAGACAUGGAUCAUCUGAAUCUUUCAAGAACCUUUCAGGACUCACCAUGGAAGACAACCUAGUCGAUCUACUUAACCGCGGGCCCAAGUUUUCGCUUACCAGGAAGAUAACUGACCACGUUAUAAAAGAUGUAGAAACUGGCAUUGAGCGUGGGGUGUAUGCUCUCCGCUGGAAAAUGGACAUCGAAAGCCGACGUGUGGCGCGUCUGCAGGACCAGCAAGACCAGCAACCGUUGCCGCCUCAAAACACUUCAAUAGAAGACCAGCAAAAUCAGGAUCAUCAUCAUCAUCAUCAUCAUCAGCAGCAGCAGCAGCAGCAGCAGCAGCAGCAGCAGCAGGAGCAGCGGCAGCGGCGGCAGCAGGGACAGCAACAACAGGAACGACAGCAGCGAGAACAGCAACAACACAGACAGCCUGAGCUACAACUACUUAGAUCAGUAGCCACUGCCAACGCUACUGGCAUCACAACACCCCAUGAAGCAGCCGUCGCCGCUCCAGCCGUAGCCGGUGCUACCGACAAUGCUUCAGAAGCAGCGGCUGCCCCUGCCGCUGUCGCUGCUGGCGCUUCGACUGCUACCGCAGUGGCUGAUGAACACGCAGACGCAGCCGCAGACACGGUAGGAGCUCCCGCAACAGCGAAGACACUCCAGCCUCGAUUCCCAGAUGGAAACUGUAGCCAGGCGCCUGCGGCUCCAAGCGCCGUGGAACAAUCUCUACAGCAGGUAAAGAGAAAGAUUUUAGCUGCGUACAAAACCCACCCUUCGAGAUGCACUAAUCACAGCCAGUAUCAGAGUCGGGCGUUGCGCCAACUAGCCCAAAACAAAGACAUCGUUGUGAAACCUUCAGACAAAUGUAAGGGACUAGUGGCAAUGAAUGCAUCGGACUAUGUGGAAAAGAUGAAUUCUAUCACUUCCAACUAUGAGGAGGUGAACCGUAACCCGAUCCCAAGGUUAGAGGCCAACACCAAACGUGUAAUUCACCAGACUAUGGAUGACAAAGUUGAUGAAGGUGUAGUAAAGGCUAUUACACCGCACUGCUCGAGAACCGCCGAGCUGUAUGGGCUUCCCAAGGACCACAAACACGGCAUUCCCCUCAGACCGAUAGUAUCCGCCUGUGAUGACCCUCUAGAUAAACUGACUUGGUUUUUGGAGAAGGUAGUUUCACAGCUCAUUCCCUAUGUGCCAGCCCACUUAAAAAACACGUCUCAGUUUCUGGAUCGUGUAUCGGAACAAUUUCCUGGGGGGUUUGAACCAGGUACGAUACUGUUCAGCAUCGACGUCGUCAACCUCUACGGCAACAUACCAAUUAGGGAAGCCAUCGACGCCACCAUGGCCCUCCUCGAGCACCAUAAGGAACGGGUGGAAACUUUCG